UUUCUCGAAGGUUUCGAUUCGAAAUAGAAACCCUAGUUAUGCCGACCCAAGCGGGAGGAUGUGUUGCUCCGCGGAGAAGGUUUGGUGAGAGCGCUGGUCCAUCCUUUAACGACUACGUGGAUCGUGUUAAUGAAUCCACGUAGUUGGAUUAGGUAUAAUUAUGUCAUGUGUUCCCGUCUCUUCCACGUUCGAUUCAUUUUUAUCUCCAGCUGUCUAGUCUCUUCUCCGCAGCACUCUCUGAAGGUCUCUUCUAAGGCGGCGAUUCACGGUUUGACAGGCAAGAUCACUGCAAGAUUCCCGGAAAGUCUUUUCUUCAGCGUCAAGCAUCGGAAACAUUGAGGAAAUGUGGCAGGGAAUGGCUAACGACUGUUGGAAUAGUCGGAGAAGGAUUUAUCCUAGGACUGAAUUCAAUCAAGAGAAGACAAACAAAAAAAAGGGGAAAAAAAUUGUUGCGCUUGCUUAGAAGGAGAGGUUUUUUAAAGUUCUGUUAAUGUACUAUCAUGAAAAGUUUGGGACAGAGGAAUAGGUGGGGAUGUUGUAUAAAUCCUGAUUUUGUUGAAUGGCUAUGCCUUAGGGGUGAGAUGUCUUGUCACAGCAACCAAGUGGUGAAAUAGAUUUAUCCAAUUUAUCUUGUCGGUUACUAAGUCCCAUAAGAGUUUGGAGCUUCACCAAGUUGUACCCCCUGCUUCUACUACUUGGUACUGAGAACUUCUGAAGGUUUUCAAGUUAAGCAGGUGACAUAUUGGUACACAAUGGAGCAAGGAAGCAAGCGGCCUCUUAGAAAUUUUAGUGGGUUAGAUCACCAUGGCAAAGCACCAUCCUGAUCUUAUCAUGUGCCGGAAGAAGCCAGGGAUCGCUAUUGGUCGCUUGUGCGAGAAGUGUGAUGGGAAGUGUGUCAUCUGCGACUCGUAUGUUCGCCCUUGCACCCUUGUCCGUGUCUGCGACGAAUGUAACUAUGGUUCCUUCCAAGGAAGGUGUGUAAUUUGCGGCGGAGUUGGCAUAUCUGAUGCCUACUAUUGCAAGGAAUGCACACAGCAGGAAAAGGAUCGUGAUGGCUGCUCCAAAAUCGUCAACUUGGGAAGUGCCAAGACUGAUCUGUUCUAUGAACGCAAGAAAUAUGGAUUUAAGAAAAGAUAAAUUGUAUAGGUUGUCUUGAUUUGAAAUAUGGUGAUCAUGUAUUUUGAUUGCUAAUUAGCCAAAGUUGCUUGCAGACAGACUUCUCAAUUUUGAUAACAUGUAGCAAUCUUCUGAAAACUUUAGUUAGGGUUGGAUAUUUGAUUA